AUGUGGCUUGCGCCUUUCUUCCUGCUAGCGACGAGCUUCGUCCAACCUUCAAUACAACAAGAUGGGAACACUUCAACCACAUACCCCGGUACAACAUACCCCGACGCCGUCUCUCCCAAUCCCGCAGCUUCGGCUGAUGCCACAUUCUCACCACCACACUACCCUUCGCCAUGGGGAUCAGGCGCUGGAGAUUGGGCGAGUGCCUAUAACAAGGCUACCGAUUUCGUCAGCCAACUCACCUUGAUGGAGAAGAUCAACCUGACUACUGGUGUUGGCUGGCAAAGUGAGCGUUGUGUCGGUCAAACCGGAGCUAUACCUCGACUUGGAUUUCGAAGCUUGUGCCUGCAAGACUCUCCGGUUGGGGUCAGAUACGCGGAUUUCAGCUCUGUCUUCCCCGCCGGUGUCAACGUGGCCGCAACCUUCGAUCGAGGUAUCGCAUAUGCUCGAGGGCAGGCAAUGGGCGCUGAACACCAGAUGAAAGGCUCAGACGUCCAGCUUGGACCUGUCGCUGGUCCCCUCGGCCGUUCACCGGAAGCGGGGCGGAAUUGGGAAGGUUUCAGUCCCGAUCCUGCCUUGACCGGCGUCCUGUUCGCCCAGACUAUCCAGGGUAUCCAGAGCUCUGGUGUCAUUGCCUGUGCCAAACACCUUAUCGGCAACGAGCAGGAGCAUUUUCGUCAAAGCCCCGAAUCUGCUGGCUUUGGCUUCGACAUCAGUGAUAGCAUUAGCGCAAACAUCGACGACGCCACCUUGCAUGAGCUCUAUCUAUGGCCAUUUGCGGACGCGGUCAGAGCCGGUGUUGGUUCCGUCAUGUGCUCUUACCAACAAGUCAACAACAGCUAUGCCUGCCAGAAUAGUUACAUCCUCAACUACCUCCUGAAAGGCGAGCUGGGCUUCCAAGGAUUUAUCGUGAGCGAUUGGGCGGCGCAGCACUCCGGUGUCAGUUCUGCAAUUGCAGGCCUUGAUAUGUCAAUGCCUGGCGACACUGUCUUCAAUAGCGACCAUUCAUACUGGGGAGCGAACUUGACCGUUGCCAUCCUCAAUGGCACAGUACCGCAAUGGCGUCUCGAUGAUAUGGUCACCCGGAUCAUGGCUGCUUGGUACUACGUAGGUCGUGAUACCACGUCGAUUCCCAUCAAUUUCGACUCCUGGACUACCGACACCUAUGGCAACGAAUUCUUUUACGCCAAAAUGGGCUACGGUUUGAUCAAUGAGCAUGUUGAUGUGCGUCAAGAGCACGGGAAUCUCAUCCGCGAGAUUGGCUCCGCCAGCACUGUCCUUCUUAAGAACACCGGAAACACGUUGCCCUUGACAGGAGAAGAGAAGUUCACUGCGGUCUUUGGAGACGACGCUGGUGAUAAUCCUUUGGGUCCCAACGGGUGCCCCGAUCGAGGCUGUGACAACGGUACUCUCGCCAUGGCUUGGGGUUCCGGAACUGCUAACUUUCCAUAUCUUGUAACGCCCGAGACUGCCAUUCAGAAUGAGGUUGUAGGUAAUAACGGCGUGUUCCAAUCGAUUACCAACAACUUUGCUGCGGGGCAGAUUCAAGCGCUUGCAGGUCAAGCCAGCGUUGCCAUCGUGUUCGCCAACGCCGACAGCGGUGAGGGAUACCUCGACAUUGAUGGCAACAUUGGCGAUCGCAACAAUCUCACUCUGUGGGACAAUGGGGACGACCUCGUGACCAGCGUCUCCGCUCUUUGCAACAACACAAUUCUAGUCAUUCACUCAACGGGCCCAGUACUCAUCGGCAACUAUUCGACGAACCCAAAUAUUACCGCCAUCCUCUGGGCUGGAAUUCCCGGCGAACAGUCUGGGAACUCUAUUGCAGAUGUUCUCUACGGACGUGUCAACCCAGCCGCCAAGCUUCCUUUCACGAUGGCUAAGGCUCGCGAAGACUACGGGACCGAUAUCCUCUAUAUUCCAAACGAGGGUACAGGCGCUCCUCAAACGAACUUCACUGAAGGUGUCUUCAUCGACUAUCGUUCUUUAGAUCGAACCAAUACCACUCCAGUCUACGAAUUUGGAUUUGGCCUGAGCUACACCAAGUUCUCUUACUCGAAUCUGCAGGUCAAGAAUAUGCGUAGCAUCAGCGUGUACACCCCUUCGACAGGCUUGACCACUGCGGCACCAACGCUUGGCAGCAUCUCCAACGAUUCAGCCGACUACCUAUUUCCUUCCAACAUGACUCGGAUUCCAUACUACAUCUACCCUUACUUAAACUACACUGAUCUUGCAACUGCGGCAAACACAACCGGCUACGGCGACAAUAGCUUCGUGAACGCUGGCUCACAGGAUGGUUCCCCACAGCCACUGAUUGCAGCAGGGGGUGCACCAGGCGGCAAUCCAGGGUUAUACGACGUGCUCUACGAGGUUACGGCUACUAUCGCCAAUACCGGCAGCCUGGGAGGCGCCGAAGUGCCACAGCUGUACGUCUCACUCGGCGGACCCUACGAUCCUAAGGUUGUACUGCGGGGAUUUGAGAAGCUGUCAAUUCAGCCAAAUAUGAGCACAACGUUCACCGCGGAUAUCACUCGUCGCGAUAUCUCCAAUUGGGACACCGUGUCCCAGGACUGGUUCAUCUCGAAUUACACUAAGACGGUGUAUGUGGGAAGCUCGUCGAGGACUCUGCUACUGUCGGCGACUCUGUCGUGA